AUGCGCGGCCGCCUGUGGCUGGGCCUGGCGUGGCUGCUGCUGGCGCGGGCGCCCGGCGCCGCGGGGACCCCCGGCGGUCCGCGGAGAGCGCGCAGCUACCCGCACCUGGAGGGCGACGUGCGCUGGCGGCGCCUCUUCUCCUCCACCCACUUCUUCCUGGGUGUGGACCCCAGCGGCCGCGUGCAGGGCACCCGCUGGCGCCACAGCCCUGACAGCGUCCUGGAGAUCCGCUCCCUCCGCGUGGGCGUUGUGGCCCUCAAGGCCGUGCACACCGGCUUCUACGUGGCCAUGAGCCGCCGGGGCCGCCUCUACGGGUCGAGGGUCUGCACCGCCCACUGCAGGUUCCGGGAGCGCAUUGAGGAGAACGGCUACAACACAUAUGCCUCGGUCCGCUGGCGCCACCGUGGCCGGCCCAUGUUCCUGGCGCUGGACGGGCAGGGGGCCCCGCGUCGUGGUGGCCGGACGCGGGUGCACCACCUAUCCACCCACUUCCUGCCCGUCCUGGUGUCUUGACCAAGGGACCAUGGGGAACAGCCGGACAGAUUCCAGAAGACGCCGGAGCCGGGCAGCCAGAGCCAGAGGCUGGGGGAGGCCCAGGCCAU